CAAGCUGCAACAUGUCUUUCUGAGUUGGAUCAAUCACCGACAAAGUCAAUAUUAAAGUCCAUGCAGCCUUUUCUGAAUGGGAUCGCUAAACCAGGACUUCUAAAGCAUCAAGAUAGGGAAGUUGCGCUUCUUGUUGCUACCUGUUUUUGUGAGAUAACUCGGAUUACUGCACCUGAAGCUCCUUACAGCGAUGAUGUUUUAAAGGACAUUUUUCAUUUAAUAGUCAGCACCUUUAGUGGUUUAAAUGAUACCAGUGGUCCAUCUUUUGGAAGGAGAGUUGGCAUAUUGGAGACUCUUGCAAGAUAUAGAUCAUGCAUUGUGAUGUUGGAUCUUGAAUGCGAUGAUCUAGUCAACCAAAUGUUCAGUACAUUUUUUUCUGUUGCCAGUGAAGAUCAUUCAGAAAGCGUGCUAACAUCAAUGCAAACAAUCAUGAUUGUUCUCUUAGAAGAGAGUGAGGAUGUACGGGAGGAUCUUUUACUUGUUUUAUUGUCUGUUUUAGGCCGGAAUAAAAGUAAUUUUACAAUCUCUGCGCGGAGGCUUGCUAUGAAUGUUAUAGAGCAUUGUGCUGAAAAACUGGAGCCUGGCGUGAAGCAGUUCCUUAUAUCAUCAAUGUCAGGGGAUAAUGGGCCUUUAAAGUUUCAAAUUGAUUACCAUGAAAUAAUCUAUGACAUCUAUCGUUGUGCUCCUCAGAUCUUAUCAGGAAUUGUCCCAUACCUAACAGGAUUGCUACUGACAGAUCAAUUAGACAUCCGUUUAAAAGCUGUUAGUCUAGUUGGUGACCUUUUUGCUCUGCCGGGAUCUGCUAUCUCUGAAACAUUUCAACCUAUAUUUUCGGAGUUUUUGAAAAGGUUGACUGAUAGAGUAGUUGAGGUUCGAAUGUCUGCCAUUGAACAUGCCAAGAGUUGUCUUGUGUCAAAUCCUUUCAGAUCUGAAGCUCCGCAAAUUAUCUCUGCUUUCUGUGACCGGCUGCUGGACAACGAUGAAAAUGUUCGUAAACAAGUGGUUGCUGUAAUUUGUGAUGUGGCAUGUCAUGCCCUGCCUUCCAUUCCAGUUGAAACUUUGAAGCUUGUCGCAGAGUGCCUCCGAGACAAAUCUCUACUUGUUAAAAAAUAUACCAUGGAGAGGCUGGUUGAGAUUUACAGGAUUUUUUGCUUGAGCCGCUCCAAUGGCGCAACUGAAACUGAUGAUUUUGAUUGGAUUCCUGGAAAGAUAUUGAGAUGCUUCUAUGACAAAGAUUUCAGAUCAGAUACAAUUGAACCCAUCUUAUGCGGGUCCCUGUUCCCAGCUGAAUUCUCAGUCAAGGAAAGGGUUGGAAAUUGGAUAAGAGUCUUCUCAGGAUUUGACAAAAUUGAGGUUAAGGCUCUUGAAAAGAUACUGGAGCAGAAGCAAAGGUUACAACAAGAGAUGCAGAGGUAUCUUUCUCUUAGGCAGAGUCAUCAGGAACACGACACUCCUGAGUUACAAAAAAAGAUACUGUUUUGCUUCCGGAUUAUGUCUCACUGUUUUAAUGAUCCUGCAAAGGCUGAGGAGAGUUUUCAAAUUCUUGACCAGUUAAAAGACGCUAAUAUCUGGAAGAGCUUGACAACUCUACUUGAUCCAGACACUAGCUGUCUUCAAGCUUGUAGUUGUCGGGAUGAUUUUCUUAAGAUCCUUGGCGAGAAACAUCAACUCUAUGAUUUUUUGAGCAUGGUCUCUCUGAAAUGCUCAUAUUUACUUUUCAAUAAGGAGCAUGUGAAGGAAAUCCUUUUGGAGGCUGACUUACAGAAAUCUGCUGGACAUGCACAAUUUACCCUAGCUUGCAUGAAUAUUCUUGUGAUUCUUGCAAGUUUCAGCCCUUUGCUUCUUAGUGGGAUUGAAGAAGAUUUGGUGCAUCUUCUUAAAGAUGAUAAUGAAGUAAUUAAAGAAGGUGUUUUGCAUGUUCUGGCAAAGGCUGGUGGAACCAUUCGAGAGCAACUGGGAAUUUCAUCCAGUUCACUAGACCUUAUACUGGAAAGGAUAUGUUUAGAGGGCAGUCGAAGGCAGGCCAAGUAUGCUGUACAUGCCCUAGCAGCAAUAACAAAGGAUGAUGGUCUAAUGUCACUCUCGGUCUUGUAUAAGAGGCUUGUGGAUAUGCUGGAGGAAAAGACACAUCUGCCUGCUGUACUACAAUCUUUGGGGUGCAUAGCACAGACUGCAAUGUCAGUUUUUGAAACAAGAGAGGAUGAAAUUGAAGGAUUUAUAAAAAGAAAUAUUCUAGAGUGCAGUAAUAAAGCAGAUGAUGGACAAAAAGAAUGUUGGGAUGACCGAAGCGAACGUUGUUCAUUGAAGAUCUUUGGCAUUAAAACAUUGGUCAAGAGUUACUUGCCUGUCAAAGAUGCUCACCUUCGUCAUGGGAUUGAUGGCCUAUUGGAGAUCCUUAAAAACAUACUUUUGUUUGGAGAAAUCUUGAAAGAUAUUGAAUCGAGUCCAGUUGAUAAGGCUCAUAUGAGGCUUGCAGCAGCAAAGGCAGUUCUUCGUCUAUCAAAGCAUUGGGAUCAUAAGAUACCCAUUAAUCUGUUUUACCUAACCUUGAGAAUAUCAGAGAUCAGUUUCCCUCAAGCUAAGAAGCAAUUCCUGAACAAAGUUCAUCAAUAUCUAAAGGAAUGGCUUUUGGAUCCAAAAUAUGUUUGUGCCUUCUUAUUUGAUAUAAACGGAUCCCACCAAGCAGAUUUUGAAGAGGGCAAGCAUAACUUACGUGAUAUUAUUCAGACAUGUCAUCAAGGGAAGGCACAGCAACUUUCAUUGCAAUGGGAUACAAACUCCGCAGUGAAUUAUCCAGAGUACAUACUCCCAUACUUGGUUCAUGCUCUUGCUCAUCAUUCUUCAUUUCCAAAUGUUGAUGAUUGUAGAGAUGUCAAGGCUUUUGAACCAGCAUACAGGCAAUUGCACUUAUUUCUUUCUAUGCUCAUGCAUGGAGAUGAAGACUGCAAGCCAGAAGUCAGCAUUGACAAGGGCAAAGAGAGUAUAUCUGCAAUAAUUUCUAUCUUUCAGUGUAUUAAGUGCUCAGCAGAUACAGUUGACCCAGCAAAGUCCAAGAACUCACAUGCAAUUUGUGACCUUGGCCUGUCAAUCAUCAAGCGCUUAGCUCAUAAAGAAGACGACCUUCAAGAAUCAAUUGUAUCAGUGUCCCUCCCUCCAGUUCUGUACAAACUGCGUGACAAGAAAGGAGAAGAAGGGAAUGACCCUCUGGUCAGUGAAGGACAGACGUGGUUGGCUGAUGAGAGCGUCUUGACUCACUUUGAAUCACUCAAGUUAGAAGUCAAGGGAACGCAUCAGAUUCAUCCAGAAGUUGAUGAUGAUGUUCUGAAAGACAGUGAGACAGAUGGAAAUGACGUGCCUUUGGGCAAAAUGAUAAAACGCCUUAAAGCCAAGGGAAGUAAGGCAAGAAAAGUGGUGAAGAACGAAUCUUUUCCAGAUGGAACAAAAAAUGAAGAUGAUGUUGAUAUCCUGAAAAUGGUGAGAGAAAUCAAUUUGGAUAAUCUGGGGAUAUCUGGUAAGUUUGAGUCAAGCAAUGGUCAUGAAAAUGGUCAUGAAGAUGUUCCAAAGAAAAUGAACAUUGAUCAGAAGCAGCAAAAAAGGAAAAAAAGUUUGGCUAGUGAAACAACAAAUGUUCCAAUACCCAAACGCCGGAGAUCUUCUGCUCAGGGUGCUUACAAAUUCUCCAUCCCAAAGGAUACUUUAAAGGGUUCUAAGUGGACUUCAAUUCAUAAUUUGCCUGAGGAAGAACGGUCAUCAUUUGAGUCCCCUGAAAGAGACGAGGAACUUCAUGGUGGUUCUGAAGAUAAAAUGUCCUUGCAAGAAAAUGUGGUCGAACCAGCUGAAUCACAUUUGUCUGUAACGUGCUUUCCCAAGAAUAUGAACUCCUUGUCAAAACAUAAAAGCAAAAGUUCUGACAAGGAUCAUACUGAUGAGGUGUAUAAAGUUGGAGAAAUUGACGACUAUGAAAGGCAUAAUAAGCUUGUGGACACUGAUGGUACAAAAGCAAUUAGUAAUUCCAAGGCUUCCACGACAUCUGUAAAAAAGCGAAAAAGAAGAAGCCUUGUGGGAUUGGCAAAGUGCACCUCAAAGGAAGGUGGAAGUGAGACGAUGGACCUGAUUGAUUGCAGAAUAAAAGUUUGGUGGCCAAUGGAUAAGAAAUUUUAUGAAGGAGUGGUGAAGUCUUAUGAUCCUCAAAAAAAGAAACAUGUGGUUCUAUAUGAUGACGGAGAUGUGGAAGUGCUUUGUUUAGAUAAAGAGCGCUGGGAGCUUAUUGACAAUGGUCACAAGCCUACGAAGAAGUCAAAACCAUCAAAGGGUUCCCCUCAUAAAGAAUUAUCAUCUGAGGAGAAAAAUAAGUUUUUGAGCAGUUCACAGCAAAACAAAAAAUCAAUUGAUAUAAAUUCACCAUCUAAAAUAAGAGGGAAAAGAACUCCAAGGAAGAAUUUGAAGCAUGUACAAAAAGGUGCAUCAAAGAGUAAAACUACUUCAGAAUUGUUGGAAGCUGAUAGCAGAGGGAGCCCUGGGAUAUCAGACCCUGAACAUGCUGAAAUGCAUAAACAUGAUGAUAUGAACUCAGGAGGGGAACAUAUUGAAACAACAGAGAAGAGUUUAACGGAUGGGGAGGAAUCUGACAAGGAUCAGGAGUUGGCUUCUGAAGGGAAACUAGCAGAGGAUGCAAAGAAUGCCCCAAGUGAUAUUGAAAAAUCCGAGCAAGAGGAGCCUAAUUCUGAAGAGAAAACAAUUAAGCCUUUGGUAGGUACUGGGGGAUCAAAUGAAGAUGGGAGUCCUGGUGUAGAAGAGAAGCAACCAGAUGAUGUAUUAAGGGAAGGAACUAGAGAGGAAGCAGAUAAAGCAGACCAGUCAAAGCAGACAGAUUCUGAAGAGACUGAAGCAGAUGAUCAUGAGAGUAAUCCGAUCGAUCAAGACAGAAAUGACAAAAAGACGUUAGCUUCUUCUGAUUCUGGUGAAGCAGAGAUUUCCGACGAUGAGCCUCUUAGCCUGUGGAAGCAUCGUGUGGGAAAACCAGUCCAAGGAAAAUAGGUUAGCAGCCAUGAGGCCAUUAUACAACUCGGGCAAUAAUUUUCAGAGCUGCACAGCAAUGGUUGAUUUGAAAGGGUUAUGUCAAGUUGUAGUCGAGUUCAUGAUGGUGGAGAAGACAAGUGCGGUAGCAUUGUGGUGAGGUGUAGUGUAGGAUAACAGUGAUAGAUCUGUAUGCAACCCCAGCAGAUGCUGAUAGUUGAUUGGAAUUGUUUGGACCUCAUGUACAGCUAUAUAAUGAACAGUGUAGCUCUCAACUUCAGGGGUGUUUUUAGGUUGUUUAAUGUGUAAAUGCCUAAACUGUGAAAAUGAUAUAAUUGGCCUUUGCUUUCGUGGGUUU